AUUGAGAGAACAUUUACUCAAGAGAGAGGAUAUCGGACUCAGCAAUGACCUCAUAGUAUAUAUAUUGUAUUAUUAUAUAGAUAUCGUGUUCGAUCCAAUCCAAUUCAACCCCGUAAAUGCGUAAGCCUGGGAUUCUAUCAUCGAAAGCGCCACCCGAUCGCCGUGACGUUCUGGAACCAUUGGAGAAGAGAGAUUAUAUUAUCUUCCAAUUACCCUUUUUCCAGCCUACGUUUUUCUUUAAAAUUUGUUUACCACGCCCCUGGAAAACCCUAGAAAAAACCCUUCUUCCUUUGCUCGCAACCGAUCCAAGCAGAACAAAUUUGAGUGUUCCAGACGCAUUCGGAUUCUGGGUUUCUCUUAACUUCUCUCAGGGGACUCUUGUGGAAGAAAUAAAGGCCUUGAGGUGGGGUUGUUUUUGCUUACGUUUGGGGGUUUGGGAAUUUGAUUGGAGAAUUUGUUCUUUCCGGUUCAGUUGUUGUGCGGGCUGGAUUUUGAGUGAUUUGGGUGAAAAAGGGUCUGGUUUGUUGAUUGGAAGAGUUUGAGAUGGGAAAUGAUGGGGUUUUGAAUUGAUUUCUUCAAGUUUGAAUGAUUUGGGGCAGGAAGGGAUUUGGUUUGUUGAUUUGGUCCAGGUUACUAUGGGAAAUGAUGGGUUUUUGAAUUGAUUACUGAUUCCUUGUGUGGAGGAGGUUGGUAGUGUUGUUCUUGGGGGUGAAUUUUGAUCGAAUUUUGACUGGCUAUAACAUUUGGGUUGCGUGGUUGUGAAGCUUGGGAUUUUGACAGCUGUGAUCAAUUUAAUUGGACUGUGGCCACUGGAAGGAGAACCUUGAACACGGACUUCUGGUCAGAUUUCUUGAAAGUGUUUGUGGCCUGAGAAAUUGAAAUUCUUGGCCAUCUCUGAAAGGUUUAGUGAUAUGUAGGAUCUUAUUGGCCUGGAUAACUUGCUUGAAUUUUUUGACGUCUAAACUUGGAAGGAUUUAUUGUGUUGUUGAAGGGACAAGAAGCUUCGGCUCCACUCGUGUCAGAAACUUUGAGCCAAGAACUUAAGAGCUUGCCAAUUGAUUCAUCAGUGUCAGUAGUGGUUGAUUUGUGGUUACUGAAUUUCCGGGGUUGUUUGAUAUUGGAUAGAUAAUGGAUGAAGCUCAAUGCAGUUCAAAUGCGCUGCCUCCUUUUCUUGCAAAGACAUAUGAGAUGGUCGAUGAUCAUUCCACAGAUUCCAUUGUCGCAUGGAGUUCAAGUAAUAAAAGCUUCGUUGUUUGGAAUCCACCAGAAUUUGCAAGGGUGUUGCUACCUAGAUUUUUCAAGCACAACAACUUCUCCAGUUUCAUUAGACAGCUUAAUACAUAUGGCUUUAGGAAAAUUGAUCCAGAGAAAUGGGAGUUUGCUAAUGAUGAUUUUAGAAGAGGCCAGCCACACCUCUUAAAAAACAUUCACCGACGCAAGCCCGUGCACAGCCAUUCCUUACAGAAUCAACAAGGGCAAGGUACCUCAUCUCUAUUAACUGAAUCAGACAGACAGGGAUACACGGAAGAGAUUGAGAAGUUAAAUUGUGACAAAGAAUCCCUUGUUUUGGAAUUAGAGAGACACAAACAAGAGCUUGAAGUGAUUGAUUUGCAGCAUUCUGCUUUGACUGAGAGAUUUCUACAUAUUGAACAACUGCAGAAGAAUAUGUUAUCGUCCCUAGCUGGAAACUUGCAAAAACCAGGGCUUGCACUGGAUUAUGUGCCGCAUUCAGAAAUUCAUGAAAGAAAGAGAAGGCUGCCGAGAAACGACUAUUUGCAUGGUGAAGCCGGUAUUGAAGAAAAUCAGCCUACCAGUCCAGAAAAAUUACUUCCCACAUCUGUUUUGGUAUUGAACAAGGAAUCACUUGAGCAGUUGGAGUCUUCCUUGAUGUUUUGGGAAGGUAUUAUACGUGAUAUUGGUCAAGUUGACAUGCAACAAAAUUCAUCCCAAGAGUUGGGUGAAUCAACAAGUUGUGCAGAUAGCCCAACUAUAACUUACACCCAAAUAAAUGUUCAUAUUGGGUCCAAAGAUUCUGGGAUUGACAUGAAUUCUGAGCCUGCUGCUCCUGCUGUUCUUGAGAUUGCUUCCCCUGAAGAACAACAGGUGGCAAAGCCUGUAGCCCCCGCUCCGGCUGGGGUCAAUGAUGUAUUCUGGGAACAGUUUCUGACUGAAAAUCCCGGCUCAACGGAAGCAUCAGAAGUUCAGUCAGAAAGAAAAGACCGUGAUGCCAAAAAGAAUGAGAGUAACUAUGGCAAGUUUUGGUGGAACACGAAUGUAAACUUCCUUGCAGAACAGAUGGGGCAGCUUACUCCUGCCGAGAGAACUUGAUGUCUAUAGGGUUCCUUUUUUGUUCUUUGUUUUUUGGCUUCAAUGUUCUCUUUCUUUUUGUCUAUGUGAGAUGGUGAGUGGGUGUACAUUUGCAGGUGAUUAGCUUGAUCAAAAAAUAAAACUAUCCAUGGUCGGUCUUUGUGUA